CCCGCGGUACCGAAGUCGAUUCUCAUUUGCCGUCUGCCUUGCAAUGAUUUCCUCGACCUGACUCGCUCUAAUCCUCAAUACUCGCUCUCAACUCAAACUCCACCACACCACAGCCCACACAUCGAUUCACCAACAACAUGUCUGCGCCCACGGUGGCGCGGCCUAGGGCUCCCCGCAUCGGAGGCCUCAGCUCUUCCAAGAAACCAGACCCCUACCAAUCCAUAACCACGAAACGAAACGCCUUGCCCGCACCUCCGCCGCCCAAGCCCGUCGACCGCGCGAAAUGCUGUGACAGCCCGGACGUCCAUAGCGAGGACAAUCUGACUCUCUGCUACUCGUGCGGUAAAGUCUUCGAGGAGAGCUCCAUUGUCGCCGAGGUCACGUUUGGUGAGACGGCAGGCGGAGCGGCCAUAGUCGAGGGUGGCUUCAUCGGAGAGAACCAGCGUCACGCCAACUCCAUGGGUGGCACUAUGCGAGGUCUUGGCGGCAUGGAGAGCAGAGAGCAGGCGGCCAUGCAUGGCAGGCAUGCCAUCGAGGCCCUUGCCCACUCCCUGCAAGUUCGACAGUCAGUCAUCGAUCAAGCGGUUGGCUGGUACAAGCUCGCCAUGAACCACAACUUUAUCCAGGGUCGUCGCAUGAGGAAUGUCGCUGCCGUAGCUAUCUACAUGGCAGCACGGCGGCAGCCCGAAAACACACUCAUGCUCAUGGAUCUGGCCGAGAAGAUCCAGACCAACGUGUGGGCAUUAGGUGAUACCUACAAGGCCUUUUUGAAGAAGCUCGGCGAAGAAGACCCAGCACAACUUGUGGGCAACAAGGCUGUCCAGGAGAUCGAGCCGCUAAUGCUAAAGUACUGCCGCAAACUCGAGUUCUACCAAGAUUCGCACAAAGUCGCCGACGACGCUUGCAAGCUGUUGAAGCGUAUGAGCCGGGAUUGGAUGGUACAGGGACGCCAGCCUGCUGGCCUUUGCGGCGCAUGCAUCAUUAUUGCUGCUCGUAUGAACAAUUUUCGUCGAACCGUUCGCGAGGUUGUCUAUGUCGUCAAGGUCGCCGAUUCUACCAUCAAUUCUCGCCUGUAUGAGUUCAAGAGGACACCUACCUCAGCUUUGUCUGUCGACCAGUUCCGUCAGAUCGGUCAGCGACUCAAGGUCACGACCCAGCCACCCGCCAUCUGGAGGCGCGCCGAGAAAGAGGAGCGUAAGGAGAAGAGGAAGAAUGCCCAAGAGAAUGUACGAGCAGAUGACGGCACCGAAGUCGCCCCUGCAGAGCAAUCAGGAAACAGCGGACCCGACGCAGGUCCGAGUUCGUCGUCAACGAGGGCAAGCAAAAGACGCAAAUCCAACUCUGAGGCGUCUCAAGCUGUCGCUACACAGUCCCAUGAUUCAGACACACAGGACAACGAUCCACCCGUGCCCGAUGCGGAUGCCCUUGACGGCAACAACGAUAAUGUAGUGGACUCUGUAGGCUCUGCCCUUGCAGAAGUCGAGGCAGGCGAAGCCAGUGAUCCCGACUUCACCAUGCCCAAGAAACGCGGUCGACCAAAGCAGCGGGACCCCAUCGUCAUACCGCCAGAGGACCUCGAGAUUGAGCAGGACAUCGAGUCCGAGCUCACCCAUGUCAUCAAAGACUGGGAGGGUAUAUUCAAGGAGUUUGCCAACAACGAGAAUCACGAACUGUUGAAGCGAACCGGGUGGACAGCCCAAGAAAUGACGCGUGCGCACACGGAUUCCCGCGACGUUCCUGUCAACCUCUCGCCCGACAUUGGUGAAGACGAAUUCGACGAUGACCCCGACGUCGCUAACUGCAUCCUCGGCCCCGACGAAGUCCGCCGCAAAGAGGCCAUCUGGAUUACAGAGAAUGAAGACUGGCUGAGAACGCAGCAGAAGAAGAUGUUGGAGGCUGAGCUCGAAGCAGCAGAAGAUAAGCCCAAGAAACCAAAGCAGAAGCGCAGACACCACCAAAUGGGUGACGGCAGCCUUCUUGAUGGCCAACCCGCGGCCAGCGCGGCAGAGGCAGCGCAUAAAAUGCUCAAGAAGCGCGCAAACGGCUUCAGUCACGGUAUCAACUACGAAAAGCUGAAGGAGUUGUUUCCAGGCGGAGACACGGCUUCGAGCCCGUCUGACAGCGGCCAAGGUGCAAGUGCAAGUCCUGCUGCCUCUCAAGUCACACGAGCACCACCCAUUGUCCAGGUCACCAAUGCCCAUGCUGAAGGUGAAGAGGAAGAGAACGAGGACAUGCAGGAUGCAGCCUCGGAAGACGAUCUUGAGCACCAGUACAUGGAGGACGAGGAUGAAGGUUUCGGUGAGGACUACGAGUACGAGUAGCGUUCUGUUUUUUGGGGAAAUAUCCUCUGGGUCCGGAGAGGAGCAGUUUGUGAAUAUCGGUAAAUGGAUACUCAUGGAAUACUGUCUGAUCACAUCUUUGGCUAUUGGGCCAUCCAUCCCUUCAACGGCGUUUUUAUUGGGGAACAGUUACUUUUUUGCAUAGAUACCCCCAAGUGUAAGCAUGGCACGGCAUAUAUAGAAACGGAGUUCUUGUCUUCUAUCUCAUCCCCCGCCCCCCCCGCCCCCCCAAAAAAAUCACAGAUCCUGGGUUUUUUUUAUGUACACGUGAAGAUGAUUUGCGUUGUUGUAGGGGAGGAAUUCCCAACCAUAAAGAUUGGUCCCUGCUUUUCGUAACUCGUGACACAUGCUCAUGCUACCCUAGAUUUUUCAUGGCCCCGCCCCUAAAAUUCCCAUCGAACGCCGAAGUCUGCAAAAAAAGUCUAUUGAAACAUUACUCUUCUUUUUGUGGGAGAAACCGUCUGAUCCCGGCCUGCACAC